GAUUAUGGUUUAUAUUUAUUUUGUUAUAAUGCAUUAAAUUACUUAAUAUGUACACUUAGCUCCGCGAAUGCUUUUUUGUAUCUUUACAAUGUAAUGUAAGUCGCAGUGAAUCAAUUUGCUUUUACUUUAAUCAGAUGUUACUUUUUGCAUUUUGUAUGCAUUGUGAUAGAAGAUGAAAACUACACUUAAACUUCAUGAAUUUAUUUUGAUACACUGUAUACUGUAUCACUUCAUACAACAAUAUCACCUGACAGAUGCCCGCUGUAGCUGGGGCUCCUGGUUGCCAUGGAAUUGCUCGUGUUGUGGAGGUUCAGUUGAGAACGAUGUUUAUAGAAUUAGAGCUAAGUGUUGUGAUAAUACUUCCGAAUGCGUAAACGUUAGAAUUGCGGCUGCAAUCAUUACAGAUAAAAGUGAAUUUGAAAACAAAGGCAGCUGUUCGAAUGAUUGCCCAACAUUAUUUUCUCAACACAAUUCUAACCAUUGUACUUCAUCAAAGAUAACUCUAGAUGAUGUUACCGAACAGAACAGAAUCAAAUCAUGUAAUUAUGCAUGCAUAGGAACAUUAACAACAACAACAAUUCCUGCAAAACCAACAACCACCAAAGUAACUGGUAAAACUACUUUACAUAACGCUUCUUCGCAAACCACCAAAAUAUUUCGUGGAGGUGAGAACGGUACUAUAACAACGAAGAAUGACCAAUCCCAAACUUUCUCUUUGCAAACUAGGAGCUCAGUCAAAGAUACAACAAUAUUUCCGGGCGUUGUCACAGGACACGUUUCGAAGAGGAUGACAUCGGCAAAUGCGUCAUUCGCAUUCCCGUCUUCUUCCAAGUUUCAAACUGGUAACAAUGUCAGUUCUGAGAAAAACACACCGUCAAAUGGAGUUUGGUCAUCAACAACACCAGUGAUAACACCAACAUCGCCUUCAACUUCUUCAGUUACUAACAGAAAAACAACACCGACUCGUGUUCCACCUUCACGAGCCAGUGGAAAAACUCUCACCACUAUUUACUCAACUGCUGAAGGAUCAAGCACAGUAUCAUAUGAAUCAUCAUCUAAUGCGGAAAAUGUCGUAGACCCAGAUGAUAUAAAUUAUUGUGUUGUUAUUGUAGUUCCGGUGGUCAUCUUCGUUUUACUCCUUCUCGUAGGUAUUGUUAUAUAUAAAAGGUUUGUGAAAUAAAGAGAAAACGGAGAUGGAUAGUUGGCAAUACAACGUUAUAAUACUCAACGACAUAAAACUCAAUCGAUACAACACAUUUGAAUGUCUGCCCAUGUAAUAUUCUUUAUUUAUUAUGUAAUUGUCACGUGUUUUAUCAGUUUGGGUAAUUAAGUCCAGUUGGAUAUUAGUAAAAACAGCCAGCCUUUAACGGAAUAUGAAUAAAAUGUAAUUUUCUUGA